UCUCUCCUUCCCUCCCCCACAGCUCGCUCGUCAUCCCCGCCACUCCUGCAGCUUCUUCUCCUCCCCCAGACUGCGUCUGCGUCCUCCGAUCCAUCGGAACAGAAGCAGGGCCGUCAUCCGGAUCCCUGCCAGGAGCUCGCGGCCGAGCAAUCCGAGGAGAAUCCAACUAGAACCAGAACCAGGAAAAUUUGGAACGCAAGUACUACAAAGCCAGUUGUAGACCCGGCUGGAGAGAACUCAGGGUCCAUCCACAUCCAUCUCGACUCGAAGCAACCAGGGGAACACGAAAGCCAGUUGAAAGAGCCAGAUCACAAGCAUGGACAGGACAGGAAAUGUGGUAUUGGAUAUUGAGAGCCUGCCUCAACAACCCGAUAAAUGCUGCACUGGAAGUCCAAAGAUGACUAGAGCCCUGUCGCGUAAGGGUCCAAACCGCAUGGAGAGGAGGGGCGGUGAAGAGCAGGAGCCAGAUGACUUGGCAAAAAAAGUUAUCAUUAAAGUUGUUCCAUCUCAGUUGGAGCAGAUCAAGUUGCCGCUAGUGCACAACAAAACUUUGGUCACUCCACAUUGCACUGCCACCGCACCUGUUCUGACUGACUCUGUUGAAGGAAGGUCCAAGAGAUUUAAUCGACUCACGGCGUUUCAUCCGCGCAGAAUUCUUCUCUUCUUUGCAACUUUGUCGAGCGUGGGGACGAUGGUGCUGAUAUACUUCACCCUCGGCAUCACCGGCAAGGUGGAAGCAUAGUCUUUCUUUACAUUGGCGGCGUGGCGGUACAUUCCAUAGCUAGGACCAGCUUUCUUUCUUUUCAGUUUUUGCUUUGUUUUGGGGAGAUGAAGGACUACUGUAGCAUUAUAGCGAUGCAACAGCAAUGGAGACGGACACCAACAUUCAAAAAAAAAGCAAUGGAGAUGACACAGUCAGGCUCUCGUCUCGACCAAGCGGUGCUCGUCAUCACUGCCGCCCAGCCCGGUGUGGUGCUCCUUGGCCUCCCAGAAAUUUUCUUCCGUUGUGUACGUAUAAAGAAAGAGUGUGUGACAGUGUGAGACUGACACAGAGUGCCGUUGGUGAUGAUGAUGA